AAUAAUGUAGCGACUUUACAUCAGACUAAUCACUGCAAGCUUGGGGAAAAUCGGAGAAAGGUGACCGCAACGACAUCUAAAUUUUUCAUGCUUUUCUGCUCAUUUUGGAGUUUGAAUAAUGUACUAAGGUUCUUUGCCAUCAGGCUGCAUCUUUCAGUCCAUGAUACACCCUUCUUGGUGGACAGCAACCUGCCUUCUAAAGAUGGCUGAUGAUUGACCCUCAAGAAUGCUAGCAUCAAUCAGCCACGCAGGACGCAUGUUGCAUUAGCCCCUGCCCCAGUCACCGUGAUUAAUGAAAGCCUGACUUUGGCUGGCUGUGGGUAGUAGAGCUCGAUCUGCAUCUCGCAUAAAUCAGUGCUGGAAAGAAAAAACCCCGGAGAAAGAAUUUCAUCAUCAAGAGGGAUAUUCGUCUCUGUCAGGAGUUUUUCAUUUUGCUCGGAACAGUCGAGCAGUCAAGAAAGAAUAUAAAGCUGGCAUCGUGAGGAACAAAUCGCUUGUUGCCAUGGAUUAAUGGAAUUUACGUUUUUCGCAUUGCUCGGAUAUUGGCUACCAUGUGUGGAAUAUGCGCUUCCUUUGGUGACAUAUUGUGAUUGGCUUGGAGACUACUGAAUGUUAAACAGAAGUCAUGGAGCAGCAGAACCAGUACUUCUAUAACCACAACCAAGGGUCUUCAACCUGCAUGCCACCUCAACAGCAGCAGCAGCAGCAACAGCAAGAUCCAUCUUACCCUGUCAACAAUAUGGACCAGUCCAAGAUGGGUCCUAUGAUGAGGGCCCUUACUGAAGACUUUGAUAUACCUGGUCAGAACUCGGCCAGUAGUUACCCCCAGCAAGGGGUACCCAACAUGCCACCGUCUGGGGACCAGCAAAGAGUACCGUCCAACAAUUUUGGUCCAGCUUCACAGACAUUGUCUGGUUAUGCCAGCCAGUAUUCUACAGGGCCAAGUUCACACAACUACUUUCCACAUGGACAUUCUCCGUCUCCUUUAAACAGCGGGUUUUCUCCCCCAGGAGCAAACUAUCCUUCCUCCGGUGGAAUGUCCAGUCCUUACCAGAGGCAGAUGCCAGCGACAAGCCCUUUGGGAAGUCCCAACGGGCAUGGACACCCAUAUCCAAGAUCUGCUAGUGCUGGUCCAACAGUUCCUUCUCCCAUCAUGAUGCAUGGACCUGGAAUGUAUCCUCACAACCAGACAUCUCCAGGAAAUCGGUCAACACCAUUUGGCUUCCCUACAUCACCUACGUCACCACAUAAUCACCUUAAUCACGCCUCUCCACCUCUUGCUUCUCCAAACAGUAUGCGUCCUGUAGGAACCCUACAUAGUCCAAAGAGUCUACCAGCUAGUUCCCCUGUUCCAUUUGUUUCUCAGAUGUCACCUACAGCUUCCCGUGCUCAAAGCGUUCCUACUCUUCCUGGAAAUUCUGUUGAUCACUUGCCUCCAAUGUCCCAUGGCAGGUCCAAAUCCCCUGCAUCUGCUGGCAUUCACCGUCCAUAUCCGCAACCACCCGGUCAGCAGCAGUUAUACCCACUGCCUUCUCCUAAGGUUCGACCUGUUGACCAGACCGACAGUAGAGGACAAUAUGUAGAACUUGUGCAUACAAAGCCUGGAGAUCAGAGGCCAAAUAGUGAGAGAUCCCGUAAUCACAGUGGACCUAGAAAGAUGUCUGACCCUGGGCACUUGCCUCGAUUAGAGGAAAUGGUUGCAGACCUAAGUGAUUCAAAGGUCAAGGAGACAUUAGAUGAAAUCGUUUCAGAUAAGAAUCUUCCUGUUAUUGAGAACGGUUCACCUGGAGAAUCUGUUAAAUCUGAUUCCUCAAAUCACAAUACAGAAAGUACAAAGACAAACAGAACUCCUGGAAAUAAUGGAAUGUGUGAAAACAUGAAACAUGAAACAAAAGGAGGACUUUCCAAUGGAUUGCCAGAUUCAGGGAACAAAGAUGUUGAUGAAGUAAACUCACAAAGUGACUUAUUAAAUGAAAAAGACCUUGAGACUGUAACUCCUCUAAAAAAGGUGACUAAAACGUACUGUGGGAAGGUCAAUGCCAAGCCAAAUGGAAGAAAUGGUAUCACAAAACAAGACAGUGUAGAGUCUACCAACAGUAACUGUGAUGUAAAUGAAUCCCCGUUCAAACCACCUUUGUCCAAGCAGUCUCAACCUCAGAACUCUUGUCAAACCAAAGAAACAAACUUAUGUAAAGAAGAGACUGUCAAAGGGAAAGAGGAAUCCACAAGUAAGUCAUUACCAGAAACUAAGUGCCAAAGUGAACCCCUAACCAAGCAUUCCCCAGUCAGUGAACCAAAUAAAGAUAUAGCUUCCACUUCCUCACAGAAUACUGAUUUUGAUAAACAAGUCCCAAAGACACCACCUUCACUUGAGAAGGAUCCUAUGACCACUCCUACAAGUAAGAGGAAGAGCCCUGAGGGCAGUGGAAACAGUUCUGGGAAUGAUUCUCUUCCUUUGAAGAAGAGAAGAGGAAGACCUCCAGGUAGUAAGAAUAAACAAGAAGGGGAUGAAGUAAAACCUAAGAGGAAAUACACAAGGAAAAAGAAGCUUUCAAUGGAUGGUGGAGAAGAGGAGGACCCAAAUAAAGCUAAGCAAUCUAAAACUGUUACUCCCGUGAAAGGGAAGUCGGAGGCCAGUGCGCCUGUUGUUCGAGGGCCUAUCCUGAGAGUUGAAGGUUCUAGCAUUGAGAGUGUGGUAUCAAGCAAAUUCGUUAAUUCACAUGAUGCUGAAGAGGAGAUUGUCAAAGGUGGAAAGAAGAAGCAGAAGGUGGUGAAGCACACCAAGAGACACAAUGUUGUUGUUGCUGGACAUGUUGGACAGGCCGCUGUCCUUUCCUCGGAGUGCCCAGUUCCCACAGGGUUAUGGGUAUGUACACUAUGUGGAAAUCCUCCAAACUUUGGUAUACUUGGUGACCUGUAUGGACCAUACUAUCCACCAGGAUGUGAUGUCCCUUGCUCAAAGAAGGACAGUACAUCAAAGAAUGACAAACACAGAGGAAGUGACUCGUGGGAAUCGCGUCGUGGCUCCAAAGGUGGAAGGCAAAGUGCAGGAACAUCAAGGAAAGGGUCGGUCCAGGAGAGCAGAAGUCAGAGGGGGAAGUCAUUGAUGGCAAAGCAGGCUGAUUUCUCAAAGACUCGUAAAUGGCGGCAGAUCAAAACGUACAUGGAGGACAUGUCCUUAACGACGGGUAGGAAAUCGUUGAAGAGGAGAAAAAGUGAAAGUGAAAGUGAUUUUGUGGAGCUUUGGGUCCAUGAAGAAUGUGCUGUGUGGUCACAAGGUGUCAUAUUUCUCCAAGGUACUCUGUAUGGCAUUCACGAAGCAUCCAAAGAAGCAGAAAACAAGAAAUGCAGCCUGUGUCGAGAUACGGGGGCAUCUAUAGGUUGCAUGUAUAAAGGAUGCAAGCAAGUCUACCACUAUCUGUGUGCUGUGGAAGCUGAGUGUCAGCUUCAUCAAGAUAACUACUCCAUGACCUGUCCCAAACACAAGGACAAGAAAGUCAAGAUGAGAGGAGGUACCUGAUGAUCUUCAGUCCUUGAUGAAACCAUGUGGCUUUAAUAUUGGACAGUACAACACAAAGAUGCAUUUCCUCUACAGUAUUUACCUUCAAGUUCUCAACGGCCUGUCUCCUGGAGUUGGGUUUAAUUCAAAGUCAUAUUGGCGCCAGUUUUCUGUGGGAGUUCGAAACGCUACGGAUGCCAAUCACGCAGAGUAUGGAAGGUAUUCCUGACCAGUAGACAUUGUGUAAUACCACUGGAAAUCGCUUUUGCUUUCCCGGCCCUCACAGUUGUCCGAGGCUAAGCCAGGCUUGGUCAAAGAAUUUCUCGCCAGUACAUCAAGUUUGCUGUUCCCAGAGUGUUUUCUACGACAGGUAUUUUUUAUUCUUCUAUCAAAGUCUGGGAUGGAUCAGCAAAGAAUAAUCCAUUUCCCAUGAUAGCUGACGUCUGUAUAACUUUUAACUCUGGGCCUAAGAUCAUAAAAGCUCUAUAGCAAUUGAUUAUGGGGCUAAGCUACGAUUGAUUGCAUUGAGUAUUUGUAUAUGAUCAACUGCUUGAAUCAUCCCUAGGAUCGAUUGCUGAAAUUUAUGUUCCAGGGGCUCCCAGGUGGGUGUUUCAUAAAGCUGUUCGUAAAGUUAUGCACAACUUUACACACGACUGGAACACGUUCUUAGGUCAUAACUCAAUUACGCAGGGAUAUCACAUAGCACAAGAAAGGAUCACCAGUGGUGCGUAAAGUCAGUCGUAUCUUACGCACAGCUUUAUGAAACACCCACCUUGGGCCUGUUGCAGAAAGAGUUGCGUUUAAACGCAGGCAAAAAAAAAAAUAUCGCAAGUCCCAAAUGCGCGCUGUUGAUUGGUUGAAAAUCAAGUUGUGCCUGAUUUAUAGAGGUGCGAUCGAUUGCAACUCUUUCUGCAACGGGUCCCUGGUCUGAAGUUGUUCUUAACUUAUGGAUAGCCAGUUGUGGCAUAAAUCUCUAAAAGUAGAGUGUCAAAUUAUCAACAUGUUUCAUAUUAUGAUUAGGCAUAAUUGUCUCAAUUUUAACCAAGAGAAUUAUCUCUAACAUUACAGCAUGAGGAAAGAACAUAGCAAGCAUAUGAGAGUACAAAGAUUUUGAAAUUUCUGACUUCCCUUGAUUUAACCAAUGACUUGGCUGAAUUUAAACCUGGACUUCAGAAUUCAGGCCAGUGUGUUUAUUUUUCUUCUUCUGUUUGUGUAAUGUAUGACAAUAUAUGUAUAGUAUCUGUUAUACUUUAUAUGUGAAGUGCACAAAGCAGUAGAAU